GGGAAGUGAUGAUCACAACAGUAAUUGUGGACACUCUUCUUAAUCUAUGAUUAUCGGUAUGAAAAACAACUAAAUGACUACUUUGUCACCAAUGAAGAGACGGUGUCCGACGACACUGUCAUUAAGCGGACAAUCGUUGGCAACAAAUCGACCGAAAGACUCGUUGAAUCGUUUCGGCGAUGACUUGUGUCAACUAUUGUUGAGUUUUUUGCCGUUUAGCGACUGUUUUCGCUAUGAAUUGGUGUCCAAACAGUGGCAGAGAGUGAUAUUUGCUGGACAAGAGGUGCUCACAAUUGACGAUCAAUUGAUAGCAACACUUGAAGACAUUACAGCAUUUGAUUUGUUGCUCAAGAAGUGUGCGAACGUUACGUCCAUUAAGUUGAUCGCCGCAAAUGAAACUCGUGUAACACAGAAGUCGCUGAUUGAAUCAAUUACAAGACAUUGUCGACAUUUGACUGAUAUUUUGUUUAUUCUGAAUAAACCAAUUGACUGGAACUCAUUGGACGAGUUCUUCGCCAGAUUUUCCAAACAAUUAAAGUCCUGUUAUCUGAGACUACAUUCCAAGGAAGACAGUCAAGAGCUGAUCAAUACACUGAACAAGUAUGUCAUGUUGUGUCCAAACAUUCGUGAAAUUCAUUUGAAAACAAAUCAAAAUCUCUAUAAGAAAUCAGUCACUGAUGUAGUGUUUGGCAAACUGAAGAAAGUAUUGAUCACUUGUUAUGCAAACGAUACACACUUUGAGUUAUUUGUUGAUAAAUAUGGCCAACAAAUACAGUCCGUAGAUGUUAUUGUUGGCAAAGAUUGUCAAAACAGUGAUAUUGAUGUAUUGGUCACCGGUUUGUCGCGAAUGUCGUCAUUGAUUAUUCUGUCCAUUGAUUUCAGACACAGUUGGGACAUAUCAUCAAUAUUUACUAUCAAACAACUGAUGAAAAUUAACAUCAAUUGUCCAAAACUUAAGAGCCUUACUCUCGCCUUUGAGACCAAUUCUGCACAGUAUUGUCAGCAUCUGAUCCAAACAAUUAAUGAUAACUUUCAACGAUUGAAACACUUGUCACUAACUGAUUAUACUAGAGCUAACUCUGGCCUAAGUUUGAGAUCAAUUGAGAAUCUGAAACAAUUACAAGACUUAUGUUUGAUAUGUAAUAAAUACAAUAUCGACAACAACUUCUUUGACAACAUUGAGAGUCAUUUACCGCGUCUUCAGUGCGUCCGAAUGGCUGACAUUGAUGUCAACGAUAAUAUACUUCGAUCGCUGUCACGUCUUAAGCAUCUGAAACAUGUGAUGUUCAUUGAAUGUCGUCAUGAAUUGAAUGAUAAAGCGAUCGCCGAGUUUACAAAAAAUUGUUCAAAACUUACCGAAUGUACAAUUACUAAACCCGAUCAUCGGUGGACUAAUAUUCAUCAACUCAUUGAUCAAUUGCCACAAAUUGCUAACCAAUUGGCUAAUCAUAACAAUGAUAACACCGAUUUCAGUCAACAUAUGCAACAGUUUCGUCAAAUUGCUAAUCAAAUUAUGUCGACAUUGAAUGACGUUUGUAAAGAUCAUCAAAUAUCAUAGUUUUUUUUAUUAU